GCCUCCGUGCCGCCGAACAUCCGGGGAUCCCCAGCUGCGGGAAGCCAUGGCGGAGCCGAGAAAGCCGUCGGGUGAAGAGGAGGCGCCGGCUGGCACCAAGCUAGAACCCCCUCGCUGCUCCUCCACCGCGGCCAAGAACCUCGCCAUCCUCAAAGAGCGAUCCUUCGACGUCAACUUCGAGGUGGGCGACGAGUACGAGAUCAUCGAAACCAUUGGCACCGGAGCGUACGGCGUGGUGUCGUCGGCUCGGCGGAAAGGCACCGGGCAAAGGGUCGCCAUUAAGAAGAUCCCCAAUGCCUUCGACGUCGUGACGAACGCCAAGCGCACCCUGCGGGAGCUGAAGAUCCUCAAACACUUCAAACACGACAACGUCAUCGCCAUCAAAGACAUCCUGAAGCCGUCGCUGCCCUUCGCGGACUUUAAAUCCGUGUACGUGGUGUUGGACCUCAUGGAGAGCGACUUGCACCAGAUCAUCCACUCGUCGCAGCCGCUCACGCUGGAGCACGCCCGUUACUUUCUGUACCAGCUCCUGCGCGGACUGAAGUACAUCCACUCUGCCAACGUCCUUCACCGAGACCUCAAACCCAGCAACCUUCUUAUCAACGAGAACUGCGAGCUGAAGAUUGGGGACUUUGGGAUGGCGCGGGGACUCUGCACCAAGCCUGACGAGUACAAGUACUUCAUGACGGAGUACGUGGCCACCCGCUGGUACCGCGCCCCGGAGCUCAUGCUGUCGCUCCACGAGUACACGCAGGCCAUCGACAUGUGGUCCGUCGGCUGCAUCUUUGCUGAGAUGUUGGGGCGACGGCAGCUGUUUCCUGGGAAGAACUACAUUCAUCAGCUGCAGCUUAUCAUGACCGUGCUGGGUACCCCUUCGAGUCAGGUGAUCCGGGCCAUCGGGGCGGAGAGAGUCAGGGCUUACAUCCAGAGUCUGCCGUCUCGCCAGCCAGUGCCUUGGAGCAGUCUCUUCCCGCAGGGAGACCGCAAGGCCUUGGAUCUUCUGUCCAAAAUGCUACGCUUCGACCCGCGGGAACGAAUCUCUGUGCGAGAAGCCCUUCGCCAUCCUUUCCUGUCCAAGUACCACGACCCGGACGACGAGCCGGAAUGCGUGCCGGCCUUUGACUUUGGUUUCGAUAAGUUGGUUCUCACCAAGGAGCAGAUCAAGGAAGCCAUUGUGGCCGAAAUAGACGGUUUUCACCGCAGGAGAGAGGGUAUCCGACGGCAGAUCAGCUUUAAACCUGCGCUGACGCCAGCCGUGGAAGGGCCGGUAGGUGAAGGGGUUAUCCGGCAAGAUGACUUCCAGUCGCCACCGCUCCCACCUCCUCCUCAUGCGCUGGAUGUGGAUAUGCCUAGUGCCAACUCUGCCAGGGAAAGAGCAGAUUUCCCGAUGGAUUCUCCAAGGGUUCAACUCAAGCCGGAGACCAUUGAUUUGACCUCGCCGGUGGAAAGCGCCGAGCCCGAGCCACAGCCAGGAAACCAGGAGGUCAAGGAGGAGGCACCAGUGGUCAAGGUGGAUCCAGAGCCUGUGCCAAAGAGGGAAGGAGCUAUAUCGGAUGAUACCAAGGCGGCCCUGAAGGCUGCCCUAAUGAAGUCCGCUCUGCGGAACAAGUGCAAAGAUGCACCGAGUUCUGUCCCUGAGGCUCCUGACAUGAAGAAGCCGAUAACUGCCCAGGAGCGCCAGCGAGAGCGCGAGGAGAAGCGCAGGAGACGCCAGGAGCGCGCCAGGGAGAGGGAAAAGAAGCAGAAAGAGAAGGAGCGCCGGGAGGUAAAGAAGUCGGAGGGUUUUGGGGGUCUGGUGCUCAGCGAGAACGACAAGAACCUGCUGGAGAGAUGGACUCGGAUGAUUGACCAGACGCAGCAGCAGCCGCUCCCUCCUCCUGUCAAUCAAAAACACGCGCCAUGCCCGGUGCAAGCUGCCGACGUCUGCCAGGUACCCCGGCCGCUUGCCCAGCCGGUCUACGGAGUGGCCAACAUCAACCCGCUUUCUGAGGUUGGGGGCAGGCAGAACGGGACAAUCCCCACCCCCGCAGUGGGACCCGGCAUACAGUUCAUGCCCACGUGCUUGAACCCCAGCCUGGUGCAUUACGUCCCUCCAGCAUCUGCAGGAUUCCAGAUCACUCCAAUGGUGCUGGCCCCCCACGUGAAGCCCACGGCGAUAGCUGCCCAGCUGCCUGCCGACGUCAAGUUUAUUGGCGGGGGGCAUGUCUUGCAAAGUAAUUUUCCUGUCCCUCCGAGGAUCGACCCAGCCUGGGCCAGAUGCUCGCAAGACGCCUGGCGCGCCCCGGACGUGGGCAGCAGCAGCAGCAAGAGAGAAGCUUUGGCUGUGGACCCUUCGCUUUUCCUCCGCAACCCCUCCAGCCUGGAACAAGAAGCACCUGGACCGGCGUAUCCCAGCGGGGCAAACGGACCACCUCAGGAGGAACGCAAGACCUGCAGCGUGACCCCACUCCGACCGUCUGCAUUCACCGCUGCCGACCCCUCCGACUCCACGUCUCCAGACAUCAAUCAGGUUACGCAGCAGCUCUCCAAGUCCCAGGUGGAGGACCUUCUCCCGCCCGUCUUCUCCGUCACCCCCAAAGGCAGCGGAGCUGGUUACGGAGUGGGCUUCGACCUCGAGGAAUUCCUGAACCAGUCCUUUGAAAUGGCGGCCGAGACCCGCGAGAGCCUGGUGGACUCCGCUCCUCUCUCGGCUUCGCUGUUGGCAGAUUGGCUGGAGGUUCACCGGAUGAACCCGGCGGACAUGGCUUCUCUGCAGGAGGACCUGCAGCUGGGGUCUCCCAUGAUCCUGUCUGACAUCCCCGAUUUGCAGGACACCUGAAGGGUCUCGCCAAGCACAGCCACGGACCUCUUGGCCGGACGCCUCCUCGCUGUGGCCGGGACGGCUCGCCCGCCUCGGGGCAGAUAUGUGAAAUGUAGACAUUUAUGUAUGCAUGCGCUGUAAGACACGGACCCCGGAUGUCAGCUCUGCAUCCCGUAGACGUGGUUACGUGGGCUCCCAGCCUUCAGGUUAAUGUGGCCAGGGCCGUCCCGUGACUGCGUGUAAAAUAUUCCGUAUCCGCUAUCAAGGACUUGCAUGCUCUGCAGAUACAGCGGCUUCCAGCUCCGCGUCUGUACUGUGCCAUCCGUGCUCUGUGCGUGCUGCACGCUCACAAUCCUCUUGGCGUGUUCUGCCGCUCCCGGACGGGCGCUUGGCGUGUUCUGCCGCUCCUGGCCGGGUGCUUGGCGUGUUCUGCCCCUCCUGUCUGUGGCGUUGCAUCCUAUGCGCUCUUUGAACAUGCCAGUUCUCUCUGCGUUUUUAUUGCGUGUUCUGCCUGCAGGGGGCAGCACUGGGGGCCAAACGGUGCAAUUUUGUAUUCCAAUAAAUAAAAUUCUAUUUA